UUGGGAGGCCCCUCAUGGCAAGUUCCACUUGGGAGGAGGGACUCAACAACGGCUAGCUUGAGCGCAGCAAACACACAAAUCCCCUCUCCUUUUGCCAACCUCUCAGCCCUCAUCUCCAACUUCCAAAGCCAUGGUCUCAACACCCGUGACCUCGUCGCCCUCUCCGGCGGGCACACCAUCGGCCUUGCUCGGUGUGCAACCUUCCGUAGACGCAUAUACAAUGACACCAACAUUGAUCAAACCUUUGCAAACCAGAGAAGAGGCUCAUGCCCUGUUUCUGGGGGAGACAACAACUUGGCACCAUUGGAUGGCACACCUACUAGCUUUGAUGCACGCUAUUUUGGUGACUUGAUUCAAAGGAGGGGACUGCUUCACUCUGACCAGGAGCUCUUCAAUGGUGGCUCUGCUGAUGGUAUUGUGAGGCAAUAUGCCAGGUUCCCUAGGGUUUUUGGGAAUGACUUUGUUAACUCUAUGGUGAAAAUGAGCACUAUAAGUCCUCUUAUUGGAACCCAGGGUGAGAUCCGUGUGAAUUGUAGAAAGGUGAACUAAGAAUUGUGUUUGUGACUCUCUCUCAAAUGGGGUGGGAACUUGUGGCUUUUCUUAUGUUUUAGGUUUGAUGGCUUGUGGGUGCUCUUAUAGUGAAGGUUUAAAAAGCUUGAAUUGUAUUUUGUGCAAGUGUCUGUUCUAACUGUUUUCCAGGAAUGUUGAUUAAUGGACCACUCAAGGUUUCAAUCAUGACGAUUUUUUAUAUGUAUUUUGAGAAUUAAUGAAUAAAAGUUGAUGAAUAAAUGCCAUGACUAUUGGUAA